AUGGCCGAUUGCUGUCCCAACAUUCCUUGUCAGUACCGGGUGCCGCCGUCUGUGAUCUCGCUGUCGAUAGCGACGACGCGCUGGCUGGCGGCCAGCAUUCUGCUUGUCGCGCGACGCACGCGUAACUCGCGCGCGGUCUUGGUCAACGUCAGUCAACAUGGCGCGGGUCGACUGACGCGCCGCCGGCUUUGUGUGAACCCGCGCGCGACCUUGGGGGCCCCGCGGCCCCGCAGCAGGGAUAAGCCAGGCGCGCGCCGUGGAGUGGUGGCGGAGGCGUCCGGGCGCCUCAGGUGUGAUCCGACCGACUUCGGGAGGCGGGUGGAGGAGGCGCAGGGGCGGGAGAUGGCCGUGCUGUUCGGCUGGCUGGUGACGGACGCGCUGUUCGCGGCGCUGGCGUGCGCGGCGCUGUGGUCGCUGAGCCGCGCGCGCGCGCUGGGCUACUGGCGCCGCAGGGGCGUGCCCUCGGCCCCCGGAGCGCUGCCCUUCCUCGGCGCCCUGCGGCGGGAGAGCUGGCCCGCGCUUCUGCUCAGGGUGCACAAGAUGGCGACCGGGCACCCGCUCGUGGGCGUGUACGGCGCCUGCGGGGAGCCGCAGCUGGUGGUGCGCGACCCGGGGCUGGCGCGCCGCGUCCUGGCGGAGGACUCGCGGUUCUUCCUGGACGGGGACUUCCAGCCGGCGCGCGCGCCCCUCGCGAGGAGCGUGCUCGUGCUGGCGGGCCGCCCCCGCCGCCCCCAGGUGCUGCUGUGCGCCGGGUGCGCGCCCGGAGAGGCGGAGGCCAUGUUCCCGCGCGUCAACGGGCUGGCAGAGGAGCUGGUGCGCAGCGUCCACCGGGAGAUAGCCAGAGGCAACGCAGUGGACGUGCAGGGCACGGCGGCGAGGUUCUGCACGGACGCCCUCGCCAGGUGCGUGUUCGGGGCCGACCCCGGGGGCGGCGGCGGGGGGUUGCGCCUCGCCGUGCGGGAGGUGCGAGAGCCGGGGGCCGCCCGCAAGAUGGCGCUGGCGCUGCAGCUCUGCGUGCCCUGGCUGCUGUCGGCGCUGGGGGCGGCCGCCUCCCCGGGCCGGCUCGGCGAGUUCGUGCGCGUCACCGAGUGGGACGUGGCGGAGCGCCGCGCCGCCAGCGCCACGGUGCGCCGCGGCGACCGCGCGAAGCUCGGCUCCUCCAGGCCUGGUGUCGACUCGGACGGCGAACACGUCGCGACGCGAGCCCUCGUGUUCACGCUCGCGAGCUUCGAGACGUGCACGUGCAUCGUGAGGUCGGCGCUGUUCGAGCUGGCGCUGAACCCGGCCAUCCAGGACCGGCUGCGGGGGGAGAUCACCGCGGUGCUGGGCCGGCGCGGCGCCCAGCUCACCUGCCACUCCCUGGCCAAGAUGCCCUACCUCGACAUGGUGGUCUCGGAAUCGAUGCGCAAGUACCCGGUACUGCCGGCCAUGCGGAGGGAGUGCCUGUCGGCCUACAAGGUCCCGGGAACCGGCGUCACUGUCGAUAAGGGCACGACCUUGUGGAUCUCCGUGCUGGGGAUGCACAGUGACCCGGAGCUGUACCCCGAGCCGUCCAAGUUCAACCCGGAGAGGUUCAACAGCGAGAACAGGAGGAAGCGGCUGCAGUUUGCUUACCUGCCGCUGGACGAAGGAUCCGGGAUGCGCGCGGGCCUGCGGUUCGGCAGGAUGCAGGCCAAGACGGCGCUGGUGCACCUGCUGUCCCAGUUCCGCGUGUGGCCGUGCCCGGCGACCCCCAGGCCGCUGCCCCCGGGUGGGAGGGUCGUGCUGGCGUUCGCCGAGCUGCGGUGAGCGCUCCGCCCCCUUCCUCGACCUCCACCUCGACGCCGUCGGGACGGCUCUGGAACACUCCGGGGGACAAGCACCGCGGCUUCUGGGGAGCAGGGCAGGAUUCUCCCUGCUGACGCCGUGCGGUGUUCGCAAGAGGUCACCGCAAAACACGAUGGACAUUCCAAAGGAAAAUGUGUGUUAUUCUUCAGAAUUCAUUACGUGUUAUUAUUAUUAUUAUUAUUUGCAUCAAGUUAAUUUCCACUCUUAAAUUGCAGUGUGGAAGUAAAUGGGUGUUUCCUCUCUCUCUCUCUCUCUCUCUUUCUAACACACGCCGACUGCCAUAAACGUUGUCCUUGUUUCUCUACGCGCGCUGUUGCCAAGUAUAAUAAGCAUCUGAAAUUGAAGGAGUUGGAUUUUCAUUGAUUCAUAAAGUAAACUGUACAAUUUUUUCUACGAAUUCGUAUCAAUAAAUGUGUGAAUUGUUUUUUUUUUUUUUUUAAGUUAAAAAAAAGGUGAUUUAUUCAACAUUCAUGACUGCGAUAGUAGAAAUAGGCCUAAAACAAUAUACAUUACUAAAAUGGUUUUAAAAUGCUUCUCGUGCACUCCGGAUUCCGAAGGAGUACACAGUCCCCUGAACUUCUUCGUAACGUGUUAGAGAUCUGGCAACAGCGCGCGCUGUAAGCUGUGUACUGCAAUCUAAGCGUGAGACAGUUAUAAUUUAUGAAGACAUUGUUUGGACCUCGUGUCGGGUAGCAUUCACUGAUUUGCGUAUUUGCACAUUUUAUUCUUACGCCAUCUCAAAAUCACUGGUUAAGAUGUUGAGUUGACACUUUGUCAAAGAGUCAAUAGAAAUAUUUUACUUUUAUUUUUUUUUUCUUUAGCUAUUGGAUAUUUACUGAUAUCUAAAAUGAAAAGUGUAUUUUGUGAAUGUAAUGUUAACGGAACUUGAUGAUCUUUUCGUAAAUGCCAGGGUAACGUCUAGUUAGCACAUAUUUUCAGGAGUGCUUCCAAAGCAAGACGCAAGACGUCCUGCAAAACUUUGCGAAACAAUUAAACACUUUCAAGAAUGGAGAGACUCCAUUGUUUUAAUGCAUGUUUUCAUAAAAUGGACCAUUUUAACCUUUAAUUUUUCCAUCGGUAAAGUAAAGCAUUUUAAUUUGUUUUAAUGUGUGAUUUGCAUGUAGCAAGUCUUACAAUUUUAGACUCUGAACUAAAUUUUGGAACUUAUUUUGUUAUUUGUAUUUGUCUCUUUGUAAAUUUCAAAUUUUAAAUAAACUGUUUAUAUCAUGAUACGAGAAUGAACUCAAACAAUAAAUGCUUGAGCAAAACA